AUGGAUGCGCCUAUUUAUACUUUUGUUAAUGGUGUCCCUACUGAUCCUCAAGUUCUGGCAGUCUUUAAAGGUUUGAAUAGGGCCCAAAGAGCCAGGUACUAUACACUCGAUGACAAGGGGAAAAGCGGUGUCUUGUAUGCAGUUGCGGAAGAAAAGAAAAAACCG